GGGCUCCACCAAGCACUGGAGAGCUGAGAUGUCUGUGAGGCACCCUCCAGUAUAGGAGGAUUUCCUCCCUAACCACUUGAGAGAGGAAGCAGAAAAGGGACAAAUUGCAACAGCCACUACACUUCCUUCAGGCCUCACUCUUGGGACGUGGCGACCAACAGCAAGCAGCUUGAUGGCAGAGAAGUGCCUUAGCAGAGGGAUGCCUGCCACAGUCCAGGCACACCAGAGGUAACUCCAAUGCUUGCUCUCCUACCCCUGCCAGGGGUCAAUAAGGCCUUGAUGCACACUCCCAGGAGUGUUGUGCCCCUUCGCUUGCCUCCCCCAAGUUUUUCCUAAGCUUUAGACAGUUUGUAGGCCUUAAAGAUUAGGGCUUCUUAAAAACCAUGUGGGGUAUUCUAGAGGCCUUUGAGGUGGUGUAGAAGAUGUCUUGGCUCUGACUCAAAUUCGCCUGAGUCAGCAAGUGGUUGUCAAUAGAUAUGGGAAAGGCCGGUGUGCUGAUUCCGGGAAGAGAUCCAAAAAGCUAGCACUUGGUGACCUGGCUUCCCUACGCAGUCUGGAAUGCAGUGUGCAAUGCAGUGUGCUGCUACUUCUGGGUUUAGGGAGGAAAACAGAAGGGCCAGAGGCCACCGACGUUGCUGAAUUGAAAACACCUUCCUGCCGCCUCUACUGAACAGGGUCUGACUGAAGCUUCCUCUCACCUCUGCUCUAACCACUGAGGAGGGGCAGCCCAGGUCUGUAUCUUCAGGCAGACCUUCUGCAGCGCCAGAGAUCGGUCAGUUGCUGGUGACUCACACUUCCUCACCUCCUGAAAUGACUUGUUUUGUUCUAGGGUAGAUGGUCAGUGUGUCUGCGUGGGUUUGCAUUUCUUCUGAAAAAACAAAACAGAAAAAGAAUAGCUGGUGUGCGGUCCCCAGACUUUCUGCAGUUGAAUUGUCAGAAGCCACCAUGGGCUCUGUGAAUUCCAGAGGUCCCAAGGCAGAAGCUCAGGUGGUGAUGAUGGGGCUGGACUCUGCUGGCAAGACCACUAUCCUGUACAAACUGAAAGGGAAUCCGCUGGUGGAGACCUUACCCACUGUUGGUUUCAAUGUAGAGCCUCUUGAACCUCCUGGGCGUGUGUCACUGAUUCUCUGGGACAUUGGGGGACAGGCUCAGCUCAGGGCUACCUGGAAGGACUACCUGGAGGGCACUAACAUCCUUGUGUAUGUGCUAGACAGCACAGAUGAAGCUCGCUUGCCUGAGGCAGUGGCUGAGCUCUAUGAAGUCCUGGGAGACCCCAACAUGGCGGGCGUCCCUUUCUUGGUACUGGCCAACAAGCAGGAGGCGCCUGAUGCUCUUCCGUUGCUUGAAAUCAGAAAUAGGCUGGGCCUGGAAAGGUUCCAAGACAAUUGCUGGGAGCUCCGGGCCUGCAGCGCUCUCACAGGCCAGGGACUUGAGGAAGCCCUGCAGAGCCUGCUGCAUCUGCUGAGAUCCUGAUGAAAUGCAGUGGGCUGGAACUCCAGGCUGCAGCAAGGCCAAGAUCAGGGCCAGCCGCACCCCCUGAGCACCACAACAGCACCACAACCGCACCACAACCGCUUAUCCUGGCUUCUAUGAACAGGAAGGGCCAGCUGACCCUUCAGAAACUGCAGCCCAGUUCACCACAUUAGAAAUCCCUCUACUCUUGGACAGGAUGUUUUCUUCUUAGGACUUUCUCUUGGUGGCACUUAUGCUGAAAACCAACUGUUUUUUUUUUUUUUUUUUUUUCUUUUUUGAAAGAGGGAAUAUAGAAAUUUUCCAAAUGCCUCAUACAACAGCUGAACACCAAGUGUGGAUGCAACAGAGUUGGCCACAAUACCUGUGGACCAAGUUUGCAAGUAAAAAUAGUUUCCAAACCAUAUUUGAGUGUCACCCAGACCUAUCACUGUGGUCAGGAGUGAAGCUUCCUGCUGGCCUCUGGGCACAAGCCACUGUCACUGUCCCUACAAUUGUACAAUAGGCUGGGCCGCAUGUCACAGGGCCCUGGAACCUUCCAGAAUUCACCCUGCUCUCCAACUCUGAUUAACCCUUCUCUGUCCUACAGCCUAUGUUGUAAAAAGAUUAUAAAAUAAAACUCCACUUGUG